AAUGAUCAUGGACUGCAUGAUCAUUCAACACAUGGUCACACAUUGCAGAACCAUGUGGUUAAAGUAUAGACAGCGCCCCCAUCUGGCCAUGUGAAUACCUCACUUCCUCGAUAUAAUUUGUAACUAAAGCCACAAUAUGACUAAAAGCAAACAAUAAGAUAAAUACAUUAAUAGUAUUGAAACAGUUGAUCAGACACGGCAUUACCUGAAGAAAAUUCAUCUGGCAAGUUACGAAGAUGUUAUUCUUUUAAUAAACAACAAUCAAACGCAUAACUGUCGUAAUAUGUAUGACAAUCCAGCCAAGUAAAUAAUACCUGUAAACAAAAUUCUGUUGUGAUAUAUUCAUUAUUAUUUGUAUUAAUUACAAGUAAGAGCUUUGACCGGAAGUACAGUCUUUAGUUUCCGGUUAAAAUACAAAAUAUGCAGCGCCGUGGUUGUCAUUCACUUUUACUUGCCUGAACACUGAUAAAAUCAUGUUGACCCCACCGAAAGAAGGGAUGCCCAGUGUGAUAGACAGGGCGCUGAGGAUGAGGAGGGAGGAGCAGGCUCGCCAGGUGGUCCUGGCCUGGGCUGUUCUCAACGUGUCCCUGGCUGGCAUGAUUUAUACUGAAAUGUCAGGGAAAUUGCUGAGCCGAUACUACAACAUCACCUACUGGCCUAUAUGGUAUAUUGAACUAGCGCUAGCGUCUUUAUUUAGCCUCAAUGCUCUUUUUGACUUCUGGAAAUAUUUCAAAUACACAAUGGCUCCCUCCUCCAUCGCUGUAUCGCCUGAGCAGCAUCGCCUCCUGGGUCUGAGAAACACAAGUAUUCAGGCCUCUCCACCACGAAAGCCAGAAAAAAAGGAGACCCCAGCUCCAGCCCAGUCAUCUCCGCUGCAGGGCCAAAGCGUGCUGAGUUUCAGCCCCUCGCGGCCAGCCACCACCAGCCCCAAGUUCUCUCCCAGUUGUGUGCCUGGGUACAGCCCUCCUCUUAGCAGCCCAGCCACCCCAAGCAGUGCUGGAGGCCCCUUUUCUCCCUCAGUGGCCUUUGGAAAGGUUCUGAACUACAGUCCCUCCCCUGGCUCCUCACCCUACCCCAGCAGCAUUGGACCAGCAGAAGGCUCCAGCUUGAGAGCUCGAUAUCGCACUUCCCCUUCAGUGUUUAACUCUCCUGGAAGCAAGGAGGACUGUAUGGAAGACCUGAAAAGCCUGGAGAGGUUCCUCCGCACAGAGGAGGAGAAGAGUCACCGCAGCCAGCUGGGGAGUCCAGAGGCCGUGUCUCCAAACCACAGCCCAACAUUUUGGAACUACAACCGCUCAGUGGGAGAUUAUGCACAGAGCCUGAGGAAGUUCCUGUACCAGCCAGCCUGCCGCUCUCAGGCCCCAUCUGCCCACAAGGAUGAGACGGACCUGGGAUCCAAACAGGCUGCAGAGGAGGUGUGGGCCAGAAUCACAACCAGCCGUCCUGUAGUGGACCGCAUUGAUAGCUGGACAGCCAAACUUAGAAACUGGAUCAGUGACACCAUCUUGGUCCCCCUGGUCAAAGAAAUUGACUCUGUCAACAGCCAGCUCAGGAGGAUGGGCUGUCCUGAGCUCCAGAUAGGAGAGGCCAGCAUCAGCAGCCUGAAACAAGCAGCAGUGAUGAAAGCCUCGUCCAUCCCCACGAUGAACUCUAUUGUCCAGUAUCUGGACAGCACUCCCAACCAGGAGUAUCUAGUGGACCGCAUAAAAGAGCUGGCACACAGCGGCUGCAUGAGCUCCUUUCGCUGGAAUAGUGGUGGUGAUCUGAAGAACAGGAAGUGGGACACAGACCUUCCCACUGACUGUGCUAUCCUCAUGCAUGUAUUUUGUACGUACUUGGACUCCAGACUGCCGCCACACCCAAAGUACCCAGAUGGGAAGACUUUCACCUCACAGCACUUCAGCCACACCCCAGACAAACCUGAUGUUACCAAGGAGAGCCUCUUCUGCAUCCACCAAAGCAGCACCACCCCCCCCCACUACCAACUCAUCUACCAGGGACAUAUAUACAGCCUACCUAAGGGCAGGAACAACCUGUUCCACACAAUCCUCAUGUUCCUCUACGUUAUUAAGACUAAGGAGUCAGGGAUGCUGGGGAGGGUGAAUCUUGGCCUUUCUGGUGUGAACAUCUUGUGGAUAUUCGAAGACUGAUUCAUCAUCUUUUAUAAGCAACAAAAAGCUACUAGCAGAUAUAUAUUUUCCACACAGUCUGGAAUACCACCUCAGCUUAACCACUGCUCGUUCAGGGGCACAUCAGAAAAGCUGCACGUCACUUUGAAAGGACAUUUCAUCACUUUUGGUGGACAAAUUUUCAACAUUCUGUAUUGUCAUUGACAUUUUAAGUAUGUGACACCACAGUAUGCUUCUGAUACAAUGAAGAGUUGUAUUUUUUAACAUCUGGUUUUCUGAUUUUGUAUUUUGAGAAUGUACCAGCAUGGCAGCCUUGUAAAUAAUAUACCUCAGAUUUAACUAGUGGAUGGCAAAGGGCUCGGACCCAUUUAGCAUGAAUGCAAAUACAGUAUGUGUGGAGGUAACUUGUUUCUUUUUUAUGGUGUGCUGUUUUUUGUUAAUGUAGUUCAAUGAAUGCAUAUUUAGAGAUACUCCUUACAUGCUUGAAAUCAUCGACAGAAAUUAAACUUUGAAAAAUGGAAGCUAUACACAAAAAAAUCUAAUUUUCUGCGGUUGCAAAGCUUCCAGUAGGUUGUAGUCCAACACUUAAGUAUGAGAAGUGUCAAUUCUUUUGAUAUGUGGAAGAGAACAAGUUCUAUUUUCUAAAUACAGUGUCUUUUACAAAAGAGAUUUGAAUGACGUUGAUCCUGGAUGCUCGUGUCAGCCAUUGGUUACGUUUUGCUUUCUACAUGUUUCGUUGUUUUCAAUUUUCAAUACCAUUUUACAAAUGUCACAUGAGAGCUGAAAAUAAAAUUUGAGAUAUUAAAAAGA